AUGGAAGGUUUUGUAUCCAUCGAUUUGGAGGAGGGCUCCGAUGAAAGCACUGAUAACUCUCAUUUGUGUUUGGUAGGGAAGGUCUUGGCAUCAAAGCUCUUAAAUCGAACUGUUGUAUCCAAAACUAUUCAAAGUGCGUGGAAGACCGGGGAGGACGUUGCUGUCUCUCCUUGGCCUGAUAAUGUUUUCUUGUUUCGGUUCGGAACCCAGGAGGAUAGACAAAAGGUUCUCCGGGAUGCUCCAUGGUCUAUUAUGGAAAAUCUUCUAGUCUUACAGCCUUUAAAGAUGGGUUGCUCUGUUUCUGAGAUGGACUUCUCUUACUGUCCCUUCUGGGUUCAAGUCCAUGGUCUCCCGGUGGAUCGAUUAACCGAAAGAAACGGCCAACUCAUAGCUGAGCAUUUGGGACAGCUGAUUGGGGUUGAAGCUCCUCAUGAUGGUUUACUGCUACAUCGGAGUUUUCUGCGACUCAGAGUGGAAUUGGAUAUCUCUAAACCCUUUCCCAGAGGUUUUCUAAUGAAGAGGAAGGACCCACACACGUCGAACACCACUGAGAAAUGGAUUGAUUUUAAAUUUGAGAGGUUAUCGGAUUAUUGCUAUGAUUGCGGUAAAAUUGGGCACGACAAAAAUUCUUGCAAAUUUAUUGGGAGGGAAGCUAGAGGUAACUCUGGGUAUGGUCCUCAUUUGAGAACUGGGGUCGCUCCGAAGCUUAAUUUACCGGUGGAGUUCAUCCAACAGCAAAUAGAUGAGAUGGAGGCCAGAAUUCGACCCCUUCUUGGACGGAAACAUCAUGGAUUGACGAAGGAAUCAGAGCCUCAAGCAGCGCGUGCUUCUGAUGUGCGUGAUGUAGGAACAAUCUUUUGUGUAAAAUAA